CAUACAUCUAUACAUAUAUGUACACAGUAGCGCAGUGGAUUAUAUAUACAACAUAUAAAGACUUCAUAAGGGACGUGGCUUCAACGAUCCAGACGGGAUCUUAAUAUAUAUUCUUUAAUAUGAGUGAGGGAGAGAUACACGGAUUAGGGCUGAGUGACAGCGACAGUGACAGUGACGGUCAAGCUAACAACGAUAGUGUUAAUGUUGGUGUUGUAUCAAACUCAGAUGAUGCGAAAGUGACAAGCUCACCAGAGAUACAUAAUAUUGAAAAUGUAUGCAAAGUGACAAGUUCACCAGACAUACACAAUAAUGGAGAUGUACGCACAUCUUCUGGCGAUGGGGAUAACAAUAGUGAUAGAGAUGCAGGUAAUCGACACAGCAGCGAAGUGUCUUCUGGAAAUGCGAGAGAUAAAACACACUCUGUAGAUCGGGUAGUGAGUGGGCAUUACUCCGAUGGUGUAGAUAGGAGUGGGAGAAAGCGGCAGUGCGAUGAGGUCGAUGACAGACAAACGUAUAAAAAGAGCAAAUACGAAGACGGUGGCAGUGGUAUGGAUAGAGGUAGUUCAAGGGACAGACAAACCCAACAAACCACAGAGAGGUCACAUCAGCGAGUUGUCCUUUCAGACCGGUCAGGCAAAAGAGACAGCACUGUAGCAGACUUGGGUACGGUUGUAGCACAGCACUAUAAUGCAAGACCGGAUGUUGGCGUACGCGCGCGAGAAGAGAGUCCCAUAUACGCUCUGAAGUGCUUCAACAACUGGCUGAAGGCCACCAUGAUUCAGAAGUACGUCAGACCCAACAUGUGUGUGCUGGAUCUGUGCUGUGGCAAGGGCGGCGAUCUCAACAAGUGGUCUAAGGCCCGGGUGGGCAGAUUGGUAGGAGCUGACAUUGCCGAGGUAUCGAUAUCGCACUGCCGCCAGCGGUACUCAGAGAUGCGUGGCUACAAACCAACGGCUGAGUUCCAUGUGGCCGAUUGCGCUAAGCUGCGACUGCGCGACGUCUACUCAUUUAAGCCCAUGUUCGAUACGGUGAGCUGUCAGUUCUCGUUUCACUACGCCUUUGAGAGUGAGGAGAAGGCCAUGAUGAUGAUGCGAAACGCUGCCGAAUGCCUGAAGCCGGGGGGUGUUUUCUUUGGAACGACUACCAACGCCUGCCUACUCGUCAAGCAACUGCGCGCCGCCAACGGCGACAGCUUUGGGAAUGACGUGUACAACGUGAAGUUUGCCAAGGACGAUAAGAAAGACUUUCCCGAGUACGGCUGCAAGUACAACUUCAGUCUAGUGGAUGCCAUAGACGACUGCCCUGAGUAUCUGACCCACCCAGCCAUACUCACUAAGCUGGCGAAGGAACACAACCUGGAGCUGGUGACGUACGAGAGGUUCCAUGACUUCUUUGCGAAGUACCAGACCGAUCCCGAUGCCGUGGACCGCAUGAUCCGUAUGAAAGUGCUGGGCCGGCAAGGAACCAUCCCGCGUGACCAGUGGGAGGCUAUAGGGCAAUAUGUUGCAUUCGUUUUCAGAAAACGCAUGGACUGAGGCGAUGGUGGACCGGGGUGUGUAUAGUGCACUGAUACAUUGGAUGCGCUUAGCAGGAGAAUUGGGGACCAGACAACACACACUAUGAGCCACCGCAAAGCCACACAAGUACACGUGGUCGAACGCGUUGCCCGAUGCAAGCGAGCGCACGUGCAAGUCAAUGCCUGAGCAUGCGCCUAUGGAAGACUGGAGGAGGGGGUUGCAUGCACAUUUGUAUGGGCUCCAAUCGACAGUGAGUUGCGAUUCGAAUACGGCAUUCCUAUCAUGUGAUAAGCGCGUGUAUGUCAGGGUUUGCUCACGAGUGUGCCAGAUCCGAAGGCACCACCGUCACGCUCAGAGCCAUCGGUGCCGUUCACGAUGGUCCGUUCUGGGUGCAGUACAUGUGAUGUUAUCCCAGGGUACUACAAUUACCGCUAUCAAAUCAGUUAUCGGAGUAAAUGUGAAAUACCUGAGAAGCGUAAUAUGCAAAAAGUACAGUGUAUGUAGACGUCCACAUAUGCAAUACAUGGCAGCUAUGGUCUCAGGGGCGGGGUGACCCGGUGUAUUCUGAGAGUGAGCUGAGUGACUUUAUGGACGCUUCAUGAUAUGAAAGAGUCAAGGUACUAGUGAUAUGCCGUGUUUGAAAAAGUCUAUUCAAACUCCUUUAAAAUUCACCCACACUUCAUACUUCAUUGUAUGAAUAAGUGGAGGCUCUGCCGAGUUGCUAGAUGCUUUUAAUGCUAUCCAUUUCUGGCUAGAAGGAGGAGCGGAGUUGCUAUAAAUGGCAUUGCCUCGUAGCUGUGUGCCUGCAACGUAACGUGCCCCCGUUCAUCGGAUAUUCUUGGAAUGUGAGCUGUGGUAUAUAUUUGUAUAUAUAAAUGUUUGCCGCUUUACGAAGCGAUGUGGAUUUGAAGUAAUGAAAAAUGGAGGACAUUUGCUUUAGCCGGCGUCCUUGACGGUGUGUGGAUUCCGGGAUGGAAUGUCUACAACUAAGAAUGAGAGUUGGACGAACUCGGGAAUUGCUUAGAAAACUCUGAGACAGUGAGAGUAGUCCUAGAGGUUGUCAUACCUAUACUCACCGUGAAUGAUUGUGGUAAUAAGAUGUGAAGAGGCACCGCAUGCUGCGUGCUUUGCUAUCAUAUCUGUCUUUGUACAUACCUACAUUGCCAAAAUAUACGGGCUGCGGGUACAAUGCGAUUUAUAUCCAAUUGCCAAAUAGAAUCUGAGCACAAACAACGAAAGAAUAUGGCUGGAAUACGCGAGUAUUGUUCUAUAAAUACAUUGUCUAACAUAUCACACGGAUGCAUGUGUGCCCCCCGCAAACACAUGAGUGUGAGUAUACGCUUUU